UACAUUGUAUUUAAAGAACUAAGUAAAAAUUGGUAACGAACAACUCUGUGACAGACCAUAUAAUCAAACUCGAAUAUCACAUAAUUUAUUCUUUAAACCUAACCAUUUAAUCUGGAUUAAGAACGCCACUAAGUAAUAAAUACGCGCAACAGAAAGUUAUUCACACAAAGAUACCCUGGUUUUUCUGGUUCUUGUUGAUUCAAUUUUGCUUGUCAAAAAAUCACUGCAGUUGUUAUUUGUUGCGCAACACAGUUGUAAAAAACCUUUAAUGCCACUGGUCGUUUUUAGCCAAUAGUUUUUGAUUGGUGAUGCGGUAACAGCAGUAUUUUAGUGUAAUUCGAUCCUUCAUCCGAUUUACUUGGAUACUUGGAUGUUGCCAUACUACUUGCAAUUAUAAUUGUCAAUAGCAAAUAAAUACGCUCGAUAGACUCUGUUAAUACAAGGAAAACUCAGUCUCAGCAUUAAUCUGGUAGGUUCGGAAAUCAGCUGUGCAGCGAUAAGAUAAUAAUACAGGAAAAUAUUUUAUUUUGGCUCCCUUUGAUCAAUAAUGCUGUGUAUGUCACCCUCGUUACAAGACUUCUGUAGGGUAGCAACCCUGUUAUUUCCUACUUUUUUUUAUUGAUUUUCGGUCGCAUUCACCCCACGUCCUACUCCAACAUUUCCACACCACCCAAGUUCAUGUGUAAAUGCACAUUACCGUCAGGGAAUCGAUAGUGCGCCGCCAUUAGUUUGUCUUAAUGUUUACCAAUUGAGAGGCUUUAGCGCUUGUCCUUUUUACUUGUGUAACUUUCUCUAAGUUCUAUUUUUGUCCCGUCUUGGGGUUGUUGGAAUUGAAUGGGUAAAAUCUUCUUUUGAAUAGAACAUUCCCCUUGUUGCUGCUUUGAUGAUUUCCCUCUAUGGAAUAUUCUCGGCACAGUAUAGCAACAAAAGUGCACGUCAGUUGGAAACCAGACGACCGCCAGGGCAGACAAGCCGCUGUAAGUUCAGCGCUCUUGGGAAUGCCUCUAUGGGCGUCCUUGUAGCUACAUAUAGUUCGUAACAGUCUUUCGGUCGCACCAAUAACAGUUCGACCUCUUCCACUGGUGCUCCACAGCGAAAGUUUCGGCUUAAUAAUUCUGUGCUAUCUGUGUAUUUGCUUUGGUGACAUUACAACAUUCAGUUAUAAACGUCGCGUCAUGUUUUUGGCAUUAUUCUGUCUGGCCGCUGCCGUGAUAUUUUUCUUUUACCUGAAGUUUGAAUACUCUUCAUAUGUGAGGACCAUCGACUUGAUUCCAGGACCUCCGAAAGUUCCUUUUUUCGGAAACGCACUUUCGAUUCCACUCGAUCCUUAUGGUGGUCUCCAAAAAAUCUCAGUGGAGUGGCCAAAAACGUACGGACAUUUUAGACGUGGCUGGUUCGGCUUCAAGGGAUACAUUGACAUCUCUUGCCCAUUAGUGACAGAGGAAAUACUGUCGAGUCAAAAAUUUAUUGACAAAGGCAAGGAUUAUGACAUGCUGAUGCCAUGGCUUGGUGAAGGACUUCUUACUUCAGCAGGUACCAAAUGGCGGAAAAGGAGACGUUUGCUGACUCCGGCCUUCCAUUUCCAGAUACUCGACAAUUUCUUUGACACUUUUAAUAAAAGUGCCGAUAUUCUGUGCCAACAAUUACAACGUUCGCUAUCCAAGAAAGCGGAAUUGAAUCAAACAGAAGAAAUUGAAGUCUUCCCUUACCUCAAACGAUGCACCCUCGACAUUAUUUGCGAGGCAGCGAUGGGCGUCAAAAUCAAUGCGCAAAUAGAAGAUUCUGAAUACAUUUAUGCCGUACAAAGGUAUUCCAUGGUAUUAUUGGAGUAUUUCACUUCGAUAUGGAGUUUUCUCCCUCAACGGAUUUACUUUAUGACGAAGCACGGCAAAGAGUAUCAGAAAUGCUUGAAAAUUAUUCACGGCUUUACAUCCAAAGUGAUACAAGAAAGAAGAAAAGAAAUCGACCAAGAAUUAGAAACAAAGGAGGUGAAAGAAAAGCAAGAUGGGCCUGAGGAAUCGCAGUUUAAAUCAAGUAUACAAGAAUUUACAAUGAAUUUAGGGAAUAUUAUUCCAGGACAUGUUUUUUCUAUCCAAUGUCAUCUAUUUGCACCCUAUUUGUCUAUAGAAAAACGAAGGGCUUUUCUCGAUUUGAUGCUUAUCGCUGCGAAAGAAGGAGCGGAUCUGACAGACAUGGAUAUCCGCAAUGAAGUCGACACUUUUAUGUUUGAGGGUCAUGAUACAACCGCCUGUGCUGCAGUUUGGUUCUUGUACUGCAUGGCAAUUCACCCAGAUUGUCAGGAAUUAGCAAGAGAAGAGCUAAACGCCGUGUUUGGAGAUUCAGAUCGCCCUUGCACCAUAGAGGAUGCGUCCAAAUUGAAAUAUUUAGAAUGUUGCAUCAAGGAAACGCUUCGUCUUUAUCCGAGUGUUCCCCACAUCAAGCGAUACAACACUGAAGACUUCGUACUAAGCAACGGAUUUAAAAUCCCAGCUGGCGCUUCCUACUCUAUUCAUAUCUACACUCUCCACCGCAACGAAGAAUUCUUCCCAGAUCCUCUUUCGUUCAAACCCGAGAGAUUUUACAGCGACCAAUGUAGCGGGAGACACCCGUUCGCCUUUGUCCCGUUUAGUGCCGGGCCAAGGAACUGCAUUGGUCAGAGAUUCGCUCUCUAUGAAGAAAAAGUUAUCUUUUCGACAUUGCUCAGGCGGUUUCGAUUUACUUACAACACUACCAAUCACGGACCGGCCAAAGCAUGCGCCGAUAUGUUACUCAAACCCCAUCACGAUAUGCCCUUAGGAAUUACACCUCUAAAGACUAAAGAAAUCGUUAGAGAAUUGUAAUGAAAUUUGAGCGAACUUUGAGGCUUACGUUUUUCUGUUUGAAAUGUAAUUACUGCGUAGUGAAACGUGGAAGGAUUCUAAAUUGACUUAUCGUGUUUAAUAAAAAAAUAGAAUUUUAAACAGAAAAAAUUUAAAUCAUGCUAACGCCAUUAUUUCUUGCACCGUUGUUUCACUUGACAAGCCGAUCGUGCCACCUUUCAUGGAAAAUGUAAGGUAAUACUAAAAUACACUAAUUAAGAUUUCCA